GGCGCACACUUUAAGGAGGCUGUCAGUUUCUGAUAAUAUCUGCUAAUUCGACCAGUUCAUUCAUCGACAAAAAGCUAGCUGCUGUGCUGCUCUAUGAGAGGCUCAGUAAACGCCCCUCCGUGCCGGGCUCAGUGCUCCUGAUGUCCGUUAGAGGGCAGCACUGAGGCACGGAGUGGCCGGCGUUGAGUCAGUCCCAGGCAGGAUGGAGUGCCGCUGAGCCGGGCACAGCAGACAGACACCGCGGAGGGCUGCUGGAAAGAGGAAGGCUGCCUCAUGCCGCCGGGGUUUACCGGGAACUAAAAACCUGACGUCCAGCGCUGCGCGACGGGCUCUGUCGGUUCUGGAAGGACGAGUUCUAACACAACAGAAUGCAUCUUCGGGGGAUUUGGAUGCUGAUGGCGGCUCUGCAGGCUGCUGUUCUGGGGGGACAGUACGAGCGCUCGUUGUCAAGCAAGCAGGGGUCGUUGCCAUGCACGAGGGGCUUUACUCAGAAGGAAUACAUCAUCGAAAUGGACCAAGAGCUGGCAGAGGGACAGGUUGUCUUCAACGUGAGCUUCAUGGACUGCGGUGGAGGGAAGGUGUGGUUCGAGAAUGGAGAUUCUUCUGAUUUCAGUGUGAGUGAGGAUGGAGUGGUCUACGCCCUACGGCGCCUCAGCCUGGUGGGAAAGAGAAAAGCUGUGGUGGUGGUCUACGGCCGAGACCUGCAGUCCAAACAGGUCUGGAAGACCAGAGUACACCUCCACGUCCGUCCAAAUGGCCACAACACAGCACCUGAACAGGUAAAGCCCAGUGAUGCAACACUGACUCAGCGGGUACCAGAGAUCUUGUUUCCAUGGCGCAGCGUGGUUGUCAGGGGUGAUGGCACUCUGAGGCGGGUGAAGAGGGACUGGGUCAUUCCGCCUAUCAACGUCCCCGAGAACUCACGAGGACAGUUCCCUGAGGACCUAGUCAGAAUCCGCUCAGACAGGGAUAAGAACCGGAUGUUGCGUUACAGUGUGACGGGCCCCGGGGCCGACCAGCCUCCGACCGGCAUCUUCAUCAUCAACCCAAUCUCGGGCCAGCUGUCCGUCACCAAGCCUCUGGACAGAGAGCACAUCUCCAACUUCCAUUUGCGAGCACAUGCUGUGGACCUGAAUGGGAAUCAGGUGGAGAACCCCAUCGACAUCGUCAUUAACGUCAUCGACCAGAACGACAACAGACCAGAGUUCACACACACCAUCUUCAACGGCUCAGUACCAGAGGGAUCCAAGCCUGGAUCCUUUGUGAUGACAGUGACAGCGGUGGACAAGGAUGAUCCAAAAACUGCCAAUGGGAUGCUGCGAUAUAAGAUCCUCUCCCAGAAUCCCCAGAGCCCCUCCUCCAACAUGUUCACCAUUAACAACAAGACCGGUGACAUCAUCACUGUGGCAGCGGGCCUCGAUCGGGAGAAAGUCACCCAGUACACCCUGAUCAUCCAGGCUACGGACAUGGAGGGAAACCCCACCUACGGCCUGUCCAACACUGCCACCACUGUCAUCAGGAUCACUGAUGUCAACGACAAUCCCCCAGAAUUCACCACAGACACAUUCUUCGGGGAGGUUCAUGAGAACAGGGUGAAUGUGAUCGUUGCUAACCUGACUGUGACGGAUAAAGACCAGCCUCACACUCCAGCCUGGAGCGCUGUGUACCGCAUCAUCGCCGGAGACCCCACCGGACGCUUCUCCAUCCCCACUGACCCCACCACCAACGAGGGCCUGCUCACUGUGGUCAAGCCAGUAGAUUUUGAGCUGACCCGUUCCUUCAUGCUGACGGUGGAGGCAGAGAAUGAAGUCCCACUGGCCCGCGGCAUCCACCUGCCUCGUCAAUCCACAGCAACCGUCUCUGUACGAAUCCUGGACAUCAACGAGAGUCCAGAGUUCAGCCCCAACCCCAAGUCCAUCAAACUGGAGGAGGGUCUGCCUGCCGGGUCUCUUCUCACCACCUUCACUGCCCAGGACCCCGACCGCUUCAUGAGACAAACUGUCCGGUACUCCAAGAUGUACGAUCCUGCCAGCUGGCUGGAGAUUGACCCGGUUAACGGUCGGAUUUCCACCAUCGCCAUCCUUGACCGAGAGUCUCCCUACGUCAAGAACAACCUCUACAACGUUACCUUCAUGGCUUCUGAUAACGGUAUCCCGCCUGCCAGUGGGACAGGCACCCUUCAGAUGUACCUGCUGGACAUAAAUGACAAUGCACCUCACGUGUUCCCUCCUGAGGUGGAAAUGUGUGAGAAGCCAGAUCCCAACGCCAUCAACAUCACAGCCAGUGACCCCGACCUGACCCCUAACGCUGGACCCUUCGCCUUCGAGUUGGCCAAUCGUCCAUCAGAUGUACGCCGCAACUGGACCCUCAGUCGCCUCAAUGGCGAGUACGCCCAGCUUCGACUGCGGAUCGGCUCUCUAGCCAGUGGGAUCUACGAGGUUCCCAUCAUGAUCACAGACUCUGGCAACCUGCCCAUGUCCAACACAUCCCACCUGAGGAUCAAGGUCUGCCAGUGUGAUCACCAUGGAGACUGUGUGGACAUGGAGCGAAUCAUUGCGGCAGGACUGGGCACUGGAGCCAUCAUCGCCAUCCUCAUCUGUAUCAUCAUACUAUUAGUGCUGGUGCUGCUGUUUGUGAUGUGGAUGAAGAGGAGGGAUAAGGAGCGCCAGGCCAAGCAGCUCCUCAUUGACCCAGAGGACGACGUCCGAGACAACAUCCUUAAGUAUGACGAGGAGGGAGGAGGAGAGGAGGACCAGGACUACGAUCUGAGUCAGCUGCAGCAGCCUGAUGCCCUGGAGCCAGAGUGUGUCAAGGUGGGGAUCAGACGCCUGGAUGAGAGGCCCCUCCAUCAUGACCACCAGUACCCCCUCCGCUCUGCUGCCCCCCACCCAGGAGACAUAGGAGACUUCAUCCACGAGGGCCUGAAGGCAGCAGACAACGACCCCACCGCCCCCCCCUACGACUCCCUGCUGGUGUUUGACUACGAGGGCAGUGGCUCCACCGCUGGCUCCCUCAGCUCCCUGCACUCCUCCUCAAGCUGCGGAGACCAGGACUACGACUACCUCGGCGACUGGGGGCCACGCUUCCGCAAGCUGGCCGACCUGUACGGCGGAGGGGAUGAUUAGCACCCUAAAUACCCCCACCAACAGCAACCACCCUCCCCACCCCACCCUUGCUCCAAGGCUCAGGUGGUGGGUGGGGUUAAGGAAAGAGGAUAUGGGGUAAACAUGGGGUAUGGAUCGGCACUUCUGUAUUACCACGGGACAGCUUGUAAAGAGACUUGCUGCCCCUUGAUGACGGUUGAUGACACUAGGGACCAUUCUGACUCCUGGCCUAGCAAGGCCUGGCACCGGCUAAUGGACAUUAUCAUCUGAGCGUUAGCCCCUGUGCUAACAAAUGUGAGCAGCCAGAACAGUGCGCUCAGUGGGGAUGUUGUCUCUAUGAUGGCUACGACAGCCAUGCUACAGACGCUCAUUUACACUUGAAUCUCACAGUACAGGAGCACUGGGGUCAAACGUGCCUUUUUGUACAUUCUUUUGAUUGUGUUCAGUCUCGAUUCUGUACGUUGCUUUAAAGCUCCCGGUGUUUUGCAACGGCAACUGGAGGGGCACUUCGCCAUGAUAAUGAGUGCUUGUGUGUGUGUGUGUGUGUUUGGGUCCCACCUCAUUACCUGUAUGUAUGUGUGUGUGAGAGUCAUUUCCACAGAGACACACUGGAUGGACACUCUAAAGGGCAAAAACUACUAUGAAACAGCUUGGAUGAUCCUACCAGCAAAGACAUGGCUUUACUGUGCAGCUCUGGGUGUUAUAGCUUUUCCAUCUGAUUCAGUCAGAAAAUGAUAACUACACUCCCAGUAUAUGACAGUGUGUAGAUCUCAAUCAAUCACAGAGGUGAGCAGAAUCAAAUAUACAUAUUUAGGUUUGCUGUCGCACAAGACUUCACCGAUCCCUGAAGUGACCAGAAGCUUAAUCACAACUGGUGUCAUUACUUUUAUGAGACAAUGGAACACGUUUCUCUGUGAUACCGCAGAUAUAUUUGUCACAUAGUCUCUGUGGCUUUUUGAAGUGCCUGUCUUUGUGCAUAAACGGCAGGCUCAUUUCACUACACUGCUGUGGUAUUAAUGUGACUGACUGCCCGUGUGAACAAAGCCGGCUGAGAUCAGAACGUUUUCAUUUCCUCUCUGCUCUCCCACACUGAUUUUCUCUGCAAACUCUGAUCAUUCAACAUCACAUCACGUCAAAACUUUGAUUGAAUUGCAGUAAAGAAUGUCUGCCUUUGCUUUCAACAUUCUUAGAUAGUCGAGGACAUUUAGUGCCACAAUGAAUUCAUUCAUUUGUAGUGCAGUUUAAAUAUUGUGGUUAUGUCGUUGCUGCGCUUCCACAAAUUGGAAGUUUAGAUGGGGUGUAGUUUAGCUUAUUUGCAGGAUGACAAAAUACAGAAGCAAAGCAGCAAAAAACAUAAUGAUAAAAUAUAAUUUCCAUUUAUGGGUUUGUGCAGAUGAAAGAAAACAAACCAACAACAGCAGCAAAGAAUGAAGGCCACAGUAAGAUCUAUGCAAUGACAAAUCAAUUAAAAUUCCCAUCAGGAAGAAAAUGAAUUGAGUAAUGAAAUAUGUAAUGAAUGUGUGUCCGGAGCAGGUUCAGCAGACACGUUCCGGAUGGAGUUUGUAUUUAGAGAUGAAUGUGUAUGUUUGAUGAACAGGUUGUGAGCAGAAUAUAAAGUGACUAAUAUUCCGGUCUGCUGACGAGUCCAACACCUUUCGUCUGUAAUGUCUGCAUCUGCAGCACAAUGGGGCAAAGGUGGAAGACCAGAAUGUGAAACAGAGGCCGAAAAGCCAUUAACCAAACUGCUAUCUCUACUUCUGCUAAUACAUCUUUCUAACAGUUAGGGGUGACAAACAUGGAUUUCAGGAAUUAAGUUGAUUAAGUUUUAAGUUAAGGAGAUCUUUUUGCCAUGGUAGCAGAAAAAUGGGUUAAGGUUAGUCCAGUUUGGUCUAGAGCCAGUUAUUUUGAUAACUUCUGGCCAGAUUUUCAUGACACUUUACGUGGCUAUUCAUGGAGUAUGAUAAUGUAAAGAUGAAAAGUUCCACAAGAAAUAUUAAAGGUACAGGAAACAUAGAAUCAUAUUUUUGUAUAUCUACAUGUGAUGUACUGUGCAAAGCAUCUGAAGUUACACAAAAUAUCAAAUAACAGCUAUAAUGUGUCACUAAAUCUAUUACUAUUUAUCCUGCCAUUUCUCACCAGUCCAGACACUAGCUGUACUUCGUUAGCAUGGCACACAGUGUAAGUUAACAGCAAUCUCACCGCCGUAAAUGGUGUUUGAGCCAGAUGAGAAGGACUGGAAGCUGCACCAUGGUCAACCCAACAGUAAAACCAAGUAUUCUUUGUUGUUGAACUCUGAUAGGGUCAGUACUUGUCAUGUAUCAGUCAGUCACCACCGGCAGUUAGUUGGAAAAUGUAACAAAAGCCAAGUAGGCAGGAGAAGGUAAAUGGAGCGCCUUUCUAGACUUCUGGCCACUCAAAGUGCUUUGCACACUGAUGGCAGGUGCUAACUGCUCAUCAGAGCAAAGAAACUUACUCAGUCACACACACUCACAAUUUGCAAAUUAAGGUUCACUGUCUUACCCAAGGACACUUGUCCACAUGUGGGCCGGGGAUCGAACCGACCUUCCGAUUGGUAGACAAGGUGCUCUACCACCAAGUCACAGCCGCCCCAUAGACCCAUAGACCCAUAGACAUAGAAUAGGUUAAUGUACACCAAACACUUCAACAACCUCACAAAUGACAAAACAAGCUCUGUUUGUUUGUUUGUAUUUGGGAGAGGGGGGAGUUCAUUGAACGUUGUUAGCAUUACAUGUCCGCCAAAGGCUACAGAGUAACAGUGAAAUAUGCAUAGGUAACAAACAUAGUAUCAAUCCUGGUUCAUAGUUCAUUGUUAUUACCGUACUGGCCCUAAUAUAAGAUGACUCUGAUGAAAUCUUUCCAUUAAUGUAAAUCCCUCGUGUGUAGCUUGUUUAAAUAUGUAUUUGUGUACACUUCAUUCUUCAUUCUGUUUAGCAGUCACAUACUCACACACUCUGCUCUGCUGGAGCUGGUACCUUCUCCAUUCUGCUGUGAAUACGUAAUUGUCUUGGUUCUCAAAUAUAAUACGAGAUAUUAUUUCAUAUUUUACAUCCAGAUAAAAUAUUGUCUUAUAAUUCAGGCCAGUACCGUAAUUGUUGUAAUUGUUACAAACUCACGAUUUUGUGUUUCCUGUACCCUUAAAAUUGAAUGGGCAAAUUGCCAUGACGUUUUGACAUCAGGACCAGUGUUAUAUAGUGGUAAGGCUGUAUGACCAGUCACAGCCUUUGGCAGGGUUGUUGUCAGUGUUUAUUAGUAGGAGGCAGAUGUUGAUGUCAGACCCAGAGCUGUACAAAAGAGCUGCAUAUUUUUGCCAGUUUGGUGUUCCAAAGCAAGUGCGAAGACAUGUACAGUAAUGCUAGACUUUAGAUAGAUACCUUAUGUUUUUUGUUUUGCUUUUAUUACAAUGUAAUUUAUGCAGCUGAUCGAUACAUGUAAUAAAGGAAGACAUCAGUCCUUGUUUUGUAGCAAAGAUACUUCUCAAUACUCUGCUGUGGUGGAUUAAAUUCAAAAAAGGCAAUGUUUCUUCUGUCUGCUGAUGAUUUGCCUAGUGUUCUCUGGUACUCUCCAACUGGCUAAUCACUGUAAACUGAAAUAUGUACAGAUUGUAUUUUUUUCUCUUGUUGUUCUUUUGGCUGUGGUCUCUGAAAACGACAUGCUAAUAUCCUGAAUCCUUGUAUAUGUGUAAUUUGGAUUACAAAUUAAAACGUUUUUGCAUGUUUUUAUCUUUUCA